UUUCGUGAAGUGCGCAUCGUUAGUCCCGUAUAUAGCGUAUACAUACAAUAGUGUAUACAAUAGCGUGUACAUAUAAAUGGCGACUGACGAAAAAUGGUACUUUACGAAAGAACAGCUAACAAAUACGCCGAGCAGAAGAUGCGGCAUCGAUGCAGAUAAGGAACUGAGCUACAGGCAGCAGGCAGCGAAUUUCAUUCAGGAUAUGGGACAGCGGCUUGUGGUGUCACAAUUAUGUAUCAACACAGCAAUAGUGUAUAUGCACAGAUUUUAUGUAUUCCACUCGCUGUCACAUUUCCACAGGAAUGCAAUUGCAGCAGCAGCACUAUUUUUAGCAGCAAAAGUAGAAGAACAACCACGCAAGUUAGAACAUGUUAUCAAAAUGGCACACAUGUGUCUCCACAGAGAUCAGCCCCCACCUGAUGUCAGAUCUGAGCAAUACCUUGAGCAAGCUCAAGAUCUGGUGUUCAAUGAAAAUGUUUUACUACAAACAUUGGGGUUUGAUGUUGCCAUUGAUCAUCCCCACACACAUGUUGUUAGAUGUUGUCAACUGGUUAAAGCGAGCAAGGACUUAGCCCAGACUUCAUACUUCAUGGCAUCUAACAGUUUACAUUUAACAACCAUGUGUCUGCAGUACAAGCCAACGGUAGUUGCCUGUUUUUGCAUUCAUCUCGCAUGUAAAUGGUCUAAUUGGGAAAUACCACAAAGUACGGAAGGGAAGCACUGGUUCUGGUACGUCGACAGAAGCGUGACAUCCGAACUAUUACAAGAGCUUACAGCAGAAUUCCUCCAUAUAUUUGAUAAGUGCCCGUCAAGAUUGAAAAGGAAAAUAAUGAGCAUAUCUGCUAAUCAAAGUCCAAGCAUUAAUCAUCCCAGUUUACCGAACUCACCCUUUGAUGCGGAACCUCGCAAGGUACAAUCUCCUGCAACGACGGCCGAUGGUGGACCUACAUUCCACGCAAAUCGACCUCAUCUGGCAGAGAAACAAGAAGAAAAGAAACAGAACGCCCCCGCACCUACGAGGCCUCCUGUAGAUUAUCGGGAAUAUCGAGAAAAGAAAGAACGCGAGCGUUUGGAAAGAGAGAAGGCAUCAGUUCCAGCAUCAGUUACGCAAAGUCAUGUGUCGGAAAUUAAUAAACAUCAUUCUCAUCACCACAAACCUGUAUCUAGUACAAAUGUGCUGAACAAACAUCCGUUGCCUCUUGGACAAAAAACACUUCAUCAUAAUCAUCAUCAUAGACCAGAUAUAAAAGUUGGACAACCAGUACCUCAGAGGCACUCGAGUAGUACUCAAGCUAGGGAACCAAAUCGCGAUCCCAAUAGACAGAGGUUACAAAGAGAGUAUAAUUCGAACACUGGUAUAAGUAGCAGUAGUAGUAGUAGCGGUAGUGCCCUCCAUUCUCACAGUCACGCCGUACCAAAGGAACCAACUUUGGAUAAUUCUGUAACCGAUUCCGUUACUCACAGAUCGGAUGUUGGAUCAUUACAAGAACCAACGCCUCAUGGGAAUAUACAGGAUAAACUUAGUAACAAUAAUCAUAGUCUGCACAGAUUAAGUGGAGUAGAAAGUAAACAUCAGGGUCAUGAUAAAAGAAUGUAUGAUCCAAGGCAUAAACCAGUAGAACAUAGGAAAGAUAGUGAACAAAAGCCAUAUAAAUAUCCAGAUCCAACUAGAGUUGAUCGACAAAGAAAGUCUGAUACGUUGGAACAGAGGUGUGAAGAGGUUAGGAAGCUCAUUGAAAAGUCAAUACCUCCACCUAAACCGACGCUUGACGUACCAUAUAGUUCAAAUACACAGAAGCCGUCGUCACAUCAUAUAAAAUACAAUCAGUCAGAAAAGUUACAAGUUAGUUCUGGUGCAGUGCCGACCGAUGUGAAGCUUAGUACUAGCCAGAGUUCAUUUUCACAAGAAAAGUCUCCGAGUAGCUCCGUUUCAUUACUUAGUCAAAAAUCAUUAUCUUCGAAGACAAUAUCCAGUCAACAUACAGCUCAUGGUGUAUCACAGAUAUUAAAGGACACGAUUAAAAAUAGUAAUUCUCAGUCGUCAAGUUUAUCAUCGUUGAGUAAUCUUGACGACCCAAAAACAGAAAAACGACCACGGCAUGAUGACACAGACAAAAGUUCGUCCGAUAUUCAACAGAGUGUGUUACAAACCCCCCCUAGUAAGCCAAAAUCGCUAUUCAGUCCAGAGAAAGUACCAACGCCUCGGGAAUCUCAUUCACAGAGGCUUAAGACUAAACAAAAGACGCCUCCUUCGGCUGCAAAAGUUCCUAAACAAGAACGUGUACCAGACACGUCGAUAGGUUUUAAUUUAGUAUCACCUUUCGCAAGUCCACCAGGUUUGCAACAGCAAGAAACACAAUCGGUUAAACGAUCGGCUAACGAUGUUCCUGCAACGUCCCAUAAAAGGCAUCGUACGUGUAGCACUAGCGAAAGUGGACAGCAAGUGAAAAUAAAAAUGGAUGAUACGUCCAGUUUCGAGGCAGUUAAGAUGCUCGGUAGAGUACCAGAACUAAUACAACCUAUUAGAGAUAAUCCAUCGGCGAAUGGUAGAGCGACUCAAAUCGCAAAUGAUAUGAAACCACCGGAGCUCAUUAAACCUUUUGAUUCUGAACCAACGAUAUCACGUUUUAGCACAAUACCUACACAGCAACAGAUACCAUCGAAUCAGCAGGGUUUGACGAAUGGACUGGAUACUAACCUAGUAAAGCAAGAGUCUCAAGAAUUUCAAAUUAAAAAGGAAACGUAUAAAACAGAUAUACCAAUAAAGGCUGAACAUCAGAUUAAAGGAGAAUAUUUAUCUCCCAUGAAAUCUGCUCAAAGUAUAAGUGCUCUGCUUCAGGAACCUUUAGCACCCAUGCCAUCGUUAUUACAAAAUAUGCAGCAAUUUAGUCAAAUACCACCUCAACAGCAAGUUCAUCAGGAACAAUUUCAACAACAACAGUUGCAACAGCAGCAGCUUCAACAUGAGCAACCAUCACAACCUCAUCAACCAUCGAUAUCUCAUUCGAUGUUGCUCGCACAGCAGGAACCCGUUCAAAGUCAGUGUCUGCCUCUAUCAUCGGUUACCGAACCAAUGAUAGCUUCGACCGUUGAUAUAAGUGUUCUCUCUGGCCCUGUACAAACAAAUACAGAAUCCAUUCUCUCUGUAACAACAUCGACAACUAUAACCGUCGCACCCCCUGUAGAAGAAAAGAGAUUAGAGCAUCACAAGAGCGAAAAGAAAAAAAAGAAGGAGAAGCAUAAACAUAAAGACAAGGAGAAGAGUAAAGAGAAGCACAAACACAAACAUAAAGACAAGGACAAAGAGAAACAUCGAGAGAAGGAUAAAGAAAAGGGAGAAGAAAUUGUGUCUGCUAUACCUAUCAAAAUCACAAUUCCUAAAGACAAACUAAAUCUCAGCACAGAAUCGACAGGAAGCACCGGUGCGAGUACAGUGCCAACUGACAAGAACAAGUCGCCUCAAAACACUAGUAUCAAAAUCAUUAUUCCUAAGGAAAGGCUGAAGGGUACGGACAGUGUAUCUAGUUCACCGGGUCAAUCCGUGGUUCAGGCUCCUCUAAGAAUUAAAAUCAGAACGGAUGGAAUCUCGAGGAGUUCCGGCGCGCCCUCGACGACGAGCAGUUCAAGCAGCAUCGUUCCAGAGUUCACGAACGAAAGUCGAAAGCGCGAUCGUUCUGAAAUGAAGGAGAGUCCAACGACUAGUGUUCCGCUAGCGAAGAAGCAAUCGCAGGUCUCCUCGGCGGGUUACGGGCAACACCGACUAGGCGAACGGCUGAAUGGCAGACACUAUAGUUCAGGCAGCAAUAACAAGGUACGUGGAGGCGGUAGAGGCGGCCGCCAGUAUAUCGGGCGUGGUCCACCACCAGCAGGAUCGGCGGGCCAUUACAGUGCUCCCGGCCAGCGCGACGGCUACUAUCAGCAAGACACCUACAAUAGUAACAAUGCCCGUAAUCCGCAUCAUCCUCAUCCAUCCUCGGCUCGUGGUGAUCCAGGCUACUCGAGGGCUGGCCACGUAAAUCAGACCCAACCAGAUUCUUAUUUUUUUGCUAAUUACCCGCCACCCUCGAUGUUCAACCCUGCCGGAUACAUUUACGAUCCUGUCAUGUACUACUCACAAUAUCAGCAACAGUACCCGAUGUAUCCGGCGGGUAACGUCAUUAUGACACCAGACGGUGCUAUCGAUACGUCUGUACCGCCACCAUCCUUACCACCGAAUAUGCGACAAAAUCAAAGCAUGAUCUCAGUUCCGUCUGCUCGGCAGGAACCCGAAACACCACCACCGUUACCGAGCGGACCACCUCCCAGUUCCUCGCCACCACCACCUCCACCACCUGAAUAACAUUCGUACGUAAAUCCUGUCUUGUAGUGGACUUUAAAGGUAGCUUCCAAAGUAGCGGUAGUAACUGCAGCCACUUCUUGCUCCAUUUUCUUUUAUAUCAAAUGAUUGACGGACUGGGAAUCGUGGUAGUAUAAGUUCAAAUUUUGAAAAUUUAGAUUUAGUCAUAGGCGCUUCAACUCCGAAAAGCAUUAUUCUAUCACGAAUCAUACAAAUUUCAUAAUUCAUUAAGUCUUUUUAUAUUAAUAAACACAGAACGAUAUUUUAUGAAAAAUACUAGUGAACUGAUUUAUAUCACUAUGAUUCUCAGUUCUCCAAUUGUCUUCUUCCUAUUCAUUAUGUUAGUUGAUUUUUUACAUACGUUCAAUUUUCUCAUGCGAUAUUUUAGAAUUUAUUUUGCUAUACUUAACAUUCAUUGAAUAUUCCAUUGAUUAUGUAUCAUCAUUGAAUAUCUUUGUGUAAUUGAUAUAGAAUACCAAUUGAAGUAUCUUUGUAUGAAAGAUACAGUAAUAUCGUAAGUCAUAAAAAGGUUUUGAAAGAAAAAAUAAUGAAUGUUAUUUGUUUUAUGAGAGAAGGCAGUUUGGAGUUUUAGGGGCUGAAUAAUAGGAUGGAAAACGAGGAAAAGAAGUGGCUGGAGAUAGAAUGAAUUUUCGAUCUUGAAGGAAUACACCUUCACCUUGCCUUUAUCCUCUCUGCUCCCUUCCAGUUUGUGAAUGGUAGAAGUAGCAGCAUGUCGAACGAUCUCUAUUCCCCUAGUGUUAAAAUUUAUCAUUUCGAUCUUUCUACCUUUGUACCUGUAGCGCAGCUCCUUAGAGUAGUUAAAUGAGUGUGAGCCCUCAUUGAGGAGCAAAAACGGAAAGUUUUCAUUUCAAUCAUUUUAUUUUACUCAAGAACACUGAAGAAGUUCUUCAAUUACUUUUUUUGUCAAAUCAAUUAAGAAUUAUUUGAUUAUGAGAUAUUUUCAAGGUAGGUCCUUCAAUUUAAGAAAAAAGGAGAAUAUUUCACGACAAUCAUUUUCUUUAUUGUAUAUAUUUUAAAUUAUAUAUAGUAAUUAUAUAUUAUGGAAGAUACAAUUCUCAGAACUCUUAGUAAUUUUUUGUUUCACGUUAAAAUGUCUUUUUUGUCGAAAAAAGAAGGUAGAGACAAGGGGAAAAAGAAAACGUAUGUGCACUAUAGUAUUUAGGUCAGCGACCACAGGCUAGUAUGAUACACAUAGUUGGGGAACUUGCGAGUAGAGUAUUUCAAUAUUGUCGAAAAGGUUGUCGUGAAUAUUAAUGUACGAAACACUGCCAGAUCAAAAUUCAGAAAGUAACUAUGUUUUGCGCUAAUGGUCAAAUGUCGAUAGAUAGAGAAUGCUAAAAAAAAAUCUAGAAAAAAAGGGAGUAACUUCUUUCAGCCUUAUUUCUUUUUCUUAUUGUGUAUGUAUCAUAUUAACUAUAACCAAUUAGUAAAUUUUUUGCGAAACUACUCGAUCGAAUAAAGCAUGAGUUAGUUGAAAAAAAACACAAUUCCUUUGCUAGCAAACGAUUUCGGAGAAAGGGUGGUGUGCAGAGUGUUGCGUUCAUAUGAAAUCAAAUCUUUGCAUAAACGGGUAAUAUGGCUAGAACAACUUACGAGGUUACUUAAAAACUAUAAAAAAUUUAAUAAAUUACAAAUAAAAAUAAAAAAAAAUUACAAAGAAGAAAUACGAAAAGGAAAAAAGAAUUAAUGUAUAAUUGUAUGCAGUGAAGUGAUUGAGAGUGAUCAGAAAAACAUAAAUGUAUUAUUAAUACGAAUUUAAAAGUGUAUGUAUUUGUAAAGGUACAUAUAAUUUUGUUGAAACUAACAUGUGUAUUAUAUCGUCGUUGUUUUUAUACGCGGGUAAAAUAAUAUUAACAAAGAUUCUUUCCGACUAACCCUUUGCAGUCCGAUUUAUCUUUUUGUCGUUUCGUGUCAGCUGAAGCUAAUAUUUGCUAAGCUUUCUGUGCGAUACUUUCAAUACCAUCCCUUUCUUAUUCUAGCAUUGAACUGAACUCUCCAUCGAACAUUUUAUAUGUAUAUGAUUUAAAACAUAUCUAGAAGAACGAAUACAAUGCACCACGAUAUUGUAAUUAUUAUAGCACAUUUAUUGUUAGAUUAUCGUAGGAUUCGAAAGGAACGCAAAGGGUUAUUAUCGUGUUGUUCUGCGUGCAAUAGGAAGUUGCAUUAAUUCGGAUAGUAUGAAAAGAAAAAUAAUUCUAUAAUUACGAAAGUUGGAACAAAAACUAAAAAAAGAUGCGACUUCUGUAUAUGACUGUCGUUUGUUAAUGUGCGGCGUAGAAUGUUGAGCAAGAAUUGUGAAAUAUAAUUAUGAUUAUAAUAGAUGCGAUAUGAAGUAAUGGACUUCGUAGAAUUUGCUCUCAUUGUUAGUACAGGAUAAUUAUAGAUUUAUUAAUAUCGCGAUUUUUUUUUUCAUUUAUCUCUCGUAUCCGAAUUAGAAUACGCGGCCAUCAUUGAAGUCUGGUCAGAAAAUCGCGAUUGAUAAUUUGGUUAAGGUCUGAUUUAGAUGAGUUGUGCAUUAUUAUUGAUAUUUUGCUGAGAAGAACUGCUAUUCGACAACUUUUAUAUUUUUGAUGAUAGAGUGUUGAUUAGAUCGUAAUAUCGCUAUUUGAAAUGUCAUUUCUAAGGCUAGAAAGUUUUCUCACAAUUUUUAAGGAAAUUCGGACGCUAUAUUGUCUGUGUUCUUUAGAAUUAUUUCUUAAUCUAUAUUUAUCUUUGAUGCAGAUUGUAGAAUCAUUUUUUUGUAGAUUACAGAAAAUUAAAUUCUGCUAUGUUUUUUCUUAUUAUUUUUUGCUUGAAAAUUUUUACAAUUUCUAUAUCUUUGACUCAUUUUUGCAUGUAGGACAACUUCUUAAUUUGAUCAUGUUACAUGUUACCUAUUCUGUCGAAUUACUCAGCGUUACUGACCCAAAAUCACAAUUCAUCUAUAUCGAACCUUAAAAAAUCAGAACAACGAUGUAACGAUAAUUCUUUAACCGUACGCAGUUUCCUAUUAAAAACCGAUCAGCACGUCUUUACAUUGUUUACUCGUUUCUUACACAUCAAUAGUAUUUCCAAUCAGAUAUACACGAAUGUAUAAAGAGAGUGUUUUUACUAACAUUUAUAGAGUUAAGAGGGUGGCAUGCUUAUGAGGGUUAACGAGAUGGAAACAUGCGACGGGAUAAAGAUAUUAUUUAGCUUUCCAAUUUUUUAGAUGUCGAUGAAGAGACGAUCAGAUUUGUUCAUGUUAAGUUCUCUGAAUCUGAAGAGAGAAUUCUUUAUUCAGAGUUUAAGCAUUACAAAACAAAAUGGUCCAUCUAUUUGUGCGACUACUUACGAACUUUCCUACCUAAGAUUUUAUUUUUUACGUUCUCUUGUACAAUGAUUUCAGCUUUGAUCACUGAGCGUCUUUAAGUGUAUAUGUAGAUUGUUUUUAUAUUUAUUUGUAAUAAUCGUAGGCGCGCGUAGACCUUUCUUCUCAUUUUUUCUCUCCUAUUCAAUUCUUAACAAUAUAUGAAUAGCAUGUUGGACAAUAUAUAUAUAUUAUAUGUAUGUAUAAUAUAUAUAUUAUAUAUGUAUAUUAUAUAUGUGUAUAAUAUAUAUCAUAUCAUAUGUGUAUAGUAUAAAUAUAUAUAUAUAUAUAUAUAUAUAUAUAUAUAUUAUAUAUGUAUAUAUAUAAGUAACAAAUUAAAUAUAAAAUGGAUAUUAUCUCAGGAAUGUAUUACAAAAGAAUGAGAGAUAGUGUGAUUAAUAUAUUUAAAAAAGAUAUAUAUUAUCUAUUAAGAAUGCGUUUGUAUUUACAUAAAAUAUACACGCGCGUAUCGUGCAGCCAUUGUGACAAACAAAAAUUUAUCGGGCCACUAAGCGCUGUGGCACCAAUCGAUGUCCUUGUUGUUAUUGUUAUAAUUAUUGUCACAAUUAGGACCUAGUAUUUUGAAUUUACAUCAUUACAUGUAUACUAUGUGAUCACUAUGAUCGUUGCCUGUUUCUGGACUUCUCAGUGCAAAAUUCUGUAGUUUGUUUUAUAUCUUACUUCUUUAGCGAGACCAGAAUGCCUUGUAUUUAAAAAACAAAAGAAAAAGAACGUUUAGUUGUAGUUUAAAAGAGAGGAAAAGAAUUUAAAAAGGAAA